AUGCCACCCCUUAGUGUCAACCUUCAGUGCCACCCUUCAAUGCCACCCCUUUGUGUCAGCCUUCAGUGCCACCCUUCAGUGCCACCCCUCAAUGCCACCCUAGUGUCAACCUUCAGUGCCACCUCAGUGUCAACCUUCGUGCCACCCCUCAGUGUCAACCUUCAGUGCCACCCUCAGUGUCGACCUUCAGUGCCACCCUCUGUGUCAACCUUCAGUGCCACCUCAGUGUCAACCUUCAGUGCCACCCCUCUGUGUCAACCCUCUCAGUGUCAACCCUCAGUCUUCAGUGCCACCCUCAGUGUCAACCUUCAGUGCCACCCCAUCAAUGUCAACCUUCAGUACACCAGUGUCAACCUUCAGUCACCUCUGUGUCAACCUUCAGUGCCACUCAGUGCCACCCCUCAGUGUCAACCUUCAGUGCCACCCCUCAGUGUCAACCUUCAGUGCCACCUCAGUGUCAACUUCAGUGCCACCCUCAGUGUCAACCUUCAGUGCCACACCCUCUGCGUCAACCUUCAGUGCCACCCUCAGUGUCAACCUUCAGUGCCACCCUCAGUGUCAACCUUCAGUGCCACCCAUCAUCAUGUCAACCUUCAGUGCCACCCUCAGUGUCAACCUCAGUGCCACCCAUCAAUGUCAACCUUCAGUGCCACCCUCAGUGUCAACCUUCAGUGCCACCCAUCAAUGUCAACCUUCAGUGCCACAACCUUCAGUGCCACCCUCUGUGUCAACCUUCAGUGCCACCCUCAGUGUCAACUCAGUGCCACCUCAGUGUCAACCUUCAGUGCCGCCCUCAGUGUCAACCUUCAGUGCCACCCAUCAAUGUCAACCUUCAGUGCCACCUCAGUGUCAACUCAGCCACCUCAGUGUCAACCUUCAGUGCCACCCCUCCUUCAGUGCCACCCUCAGUGUCAACCUUCAGUGCCACCCCUCAGUGUCAACCUUCAGUGCCGCCCCUCAGUGUCAACCUUCAGUGCCACCCCUCAGUGUCAACCUUCAGUGCCACCCCUCAGUGUCAACCUUCAGUGCCACCCCUCAGUGUCAACCUUCAGUGCCACCCAUCAAUGUCAACCUUCAGUGCCACGUCUCGGUAACACCCCUCAGUGCCAGCCACUAUCACUGGCCUAUAUGUCGGCCUCCUCCAUCGCCCUAGAGAGCCAUUUAGGGCGCCAAGGACCCGUCUCUGGGGCCUGGCACUCCGCUAUCGCUAGUGGCAGAGGUCAAAUGGUGACCUCAUAG